CCCGGUCCAGGACUUUUUCCUCUGUGUUCAGCCAAGCAUCCAGAGCUGAUGCUGCUGCCGUCGGUUCUCUUGUUUAAACUCAGAACCAACAACCAACGGACCGGCCGAGCAAAAACACAGCAGAGACAAAACAUCAAAACAUUCCACUUCAGGAAAUCUCUCAACAGGUAAAAUAUGUUAAAGUGGGCCGUGCUCCUGUCUUUAUGUUUAAGUAUCUCCUCUGCAACAUUUGACUAUCUUUAUGAGCAGAGAUCCUUCAUGGAUCCAGAGGAUAUUCUGACUGUGAGCAUUCCUCUGCAGGGCUUACAGCGCCCUCUGCUGGGAGAAACUCUGCUACUGCCAUGCUACUUUCAGGACCACUCUGUUGAAGAUCCUGGUUCUCCCCCCGUCGUCCCCCUUUCCCACCGUAUCAAAUGGAGCUACGUCACAAAGGAAAAGACGACUACCAUCCUUGUGGCUUUGGAGGGACAGGUCCGCAUCAGUGAAAGUUAUCUGGACAGAGUUCAGCUGCAGAGCUACCCCCAGACUCCAACAGACGCCAGCAUCAAAAUAUCGGAGCUACAUUCCAGUGACACAGGAGUGUAUCGCUGUGAAGUUCAGAAUGGCAUUGAGGAUGCCUAUGACAUUGUGCACGUCCUUGUUCGAGGUAUCGUGUUCCACUACCGGCCCUUUAUGGGUCGCUACACUUUGACCUUUGAGAAAGCGAAGGCAGCUUGUGCCCAGAACAGUGCAGUCAUUGCUUCUCCAGAGCAGCUUCAAGCAGCAUUCGAAGAUGGUUUCCACCAGUGCGACGCUGGCUGGUUGUCUGAUCAAACAGUGCGGUACCCAAUCCACGAGUCUCGCAUGAACUGCUAUGGCGACAAAGAGGAACUCCCUGGGGUCAGGACGUAUGGCGUGAGAGAUCUCAAUGAGACAUAUGAUGUUUACUGCUUUGCAGAUAGGAUGCCAGGCAGGGUUUUCCACAGCACCUCUGCAGGGAAGUUCACCUUCUCUGAGGCUGUGCUGACGUGCUCCUACCAGGGAGCUCAGCUAGCCACCACAGGUCAGCUGUACCUUGCAUGGCAGGGCGGUAUGGACGUCUGCAACGCCGGCUGGCUGAGAGAUGGGAGUGUCCGCUACCCCAUCAAUGUUCGACGGCCACAAUGUGGAGGGGGUCUGCUGGGGGUGCGAACAGUUUAUCUCCACACAAACCAAACAGGAUACCCACUUCCUGACUCCCGCUACGAUGCCUUCUGUUACACAGAUUCCCCUGACGAUGAGGGCUCAGGCACAGAUGAGGGGAGUGGUGCUGUGAUUGUUACCACGGUGACGGAGAGUCCAGAGGUGUUCUUCAGCAAGACGACCACAGAGAGCGAAGCAGUUGGAGAGGUGGAGACCCAGCAGCCAUUUGAUCUGAGUUUCACCAACAGCGAGAACCCCAGCAAGCUGCCACUUCCUCAGCCAACAAACUUCACAGAUUUCACCUUUGACCUUAUUGAAGCCGUCACCAGCCAGUCGGCUGUACAAAGGGAGCCCAGCAAAACCUCUGUCAUCUCUCCAGCAGGCGUGGUCUUCCAUUACCGCUCACCCUCUGGCCGUUAUGCUCUCACAUUCGUUGAGGCUCAGUUGGCCUGCCGGGGUGUCAGAGGCUCCAUGGCCACACCGCAGCAGCUGCAGCAAGCAUACGAGGAUGGAUAUCACCAAUGUGAUGCAGGUUGGCUUCUGGACCAGACUGUGAGGUAUUCUAUUGUGUUUCCUCAAGAAAAAUGUGCUGGAGAUCUUGGAGAUCAACCUGGAGUUCGGACGUAUGGCCUCAGACCAGCAGAGGAGAGAUACGAUGUUUACUGCUACACCGAGGGGAUCAAUGGAGAGGUUUUUCAUGUGGGAUCUGCUGAGGGUUUCACCUACGACGAGGCUGCUUCUGCCUGUGAAAACCACAGUGCGGUUCUAGCCUCCACUGGAGAGCUCUAUGCAGCCUGGAAACUGGGCUUGGACAAGUGCCGAGCAGGCUGGCUACUGGACCGCAGUGUUCGCUACCCCGUCAACAGCCCCCGUCCUGGGUGUGGAGAGAAAUCAGGGGUCCACACUUUGUACUCUCCUCCAAACCAAACACACUACCCUGAACCUGAUGCCAGAUUUGAUGCAUACUGUAUAAGAGUUGGCUUUCUGUCUGAAUCAAAUGAAACUGAACUGAACAUCACCGACAUCCAGAAGGCCCUACCUAACCAGACAUCGAAUACUGACUUAUUAAGGCCCGAUGGUUUCUUCAUCGUUCCUCCCAUUCCUGUGGAGAUUUCAAGUUCUGGAUCUGAUUCAGGAGACUUUGAUUCAGGCCCUACAGGAGAUAACUCUGGAGUACAAGUUAACUCUGGAGACCAGGUGACCUCUGGAGAUCAGUCUGGAUCUGGAGAUCAGUCUGGAUCUGGAGAUCAGUCUGGAUCUGGAGAGCAGGUUACCUCUGGAUAUCAGUCUGGAUCUGGAGACCAGGUUACUUCUGGAGAUCAGUCUGGAUCUGGAGACCAGGUUACUUCUGGAGAUCAGUCUGGAUCUGGACAUCAGUCUGGAUCUGGAGAUCAGUCUGGAUCUGGAGAGCAGGUUACCUCUGGAUAUCAGUCUGGAUCUGGAUAUCAGUCUGGAUCUGGAGACUGUAUCACCUCUGGAGGUCAGUCUGGUUUUGGAGAUCAGUCUGGUUCUGGAGACCAGGUUACUUCUGGAGAUAUAUCUGGUUCUGGAGGCAAAAUCACCUUUGGAGACCAAGACGGGUACACAGAGACUGUGCUGUCCAGUGAAGGAUCCGGUUUGGCCAGUCCAUCUGGUUCUGGGUCAGGACUCGGAGUUGUUUUCUCUGGACCCUGCAUUGCAGUAGAGGGCUCAACGUCAGGAGAACCUCAAGAGGCUGGAAAAGGAAGCACAGACAUUCUUAUAAUCCCUUUGUCUGCAGCUGAUUCUGGGGAACUCAGUGGAAGUGGAGAUAUGUCCGGGUCUGGAUCUGGAUUUGACUCCAUUGAAAAGGAUGCUGGACAUCUCACUGGCACGGGUCUUAUCUUGGACCAGGAGUUGUCAGGUUUUAGUGGUUUUCUAUCUGGAUCUUCAUCUGGAAGUGGACGAUCUGGAGACAUUUCUGGAAGUGGAGAUGCUCCGAUCUUGAUAGCAAAUGACAAACUGAUUAAUGCAAAGAAGGAGUACAACCUUGAUGGAGGUUCAUUAGAUUUCAGUGGUUCUGGAAGCUUAUCUGGAUCUGGGAUUCUCAGUGGGUCAACCUCUGGAAGUGACUCUGAGUCUCUUACUGGUGUGACUUUUAUGGGUUCAGGCUUCACUAAGCUUAUUGGGUCACCUUCUGGAGAACACGAGGAGGCUACUGGGGGUUUAUUCUACAGCUCUGGACCAGAAAGUGGGGGGCAGAUAUCUGGAUUUAGAAUCUCAAGUUGCAGUUUUGAUACUAGAGCUGGAGUGUCUGGAUCCGGUGUCUCUAAAUCUGAAACAUCAACAACCAAAGGUGAGGAAGAGGGCAGUGCUACAUUUUUCACUCAGGGUCUAAUGACAGAAAUACCUGGAGAUUAUAAGGUCCCUCUGGAGCCGGGAGAAAACUCAGUGGAGUACAGUGGAGAAGCAAGUGGCAACAAUGGUUUCUACUCCGGUGACGGAAACAAGGACUUAUCUGAGGAUCACACUUUCAUGUUGGGGGUUUCUUCUUCUGGAGAUUCUUCUGAUCCACUGGUGGUGGUCCUACCCGCUCCAUCAGUUGACCCAGCACUAACAGAACCCACCAUAAGAACAGAGGAAGAUAUUCAUGGAACUGAACUGACACACAACUCCAGAGUUUAUGUUUCUCCAGGACCAGCAGUUGUCCCUGCAGGAUUAGCAGCUCCUUCUGCAGAAGUCAAACCAGCUUUUGUGCAAACACCAGUUGUCCUAGGAGCUUCCAACCCAUGUGAACCAAAUCCUUGUGGCAAUGCUUCGUGCACAAUAGAGGAAGGAGUUGCUUUCUGCUUUGAGGCAGAAGUGUGCCACCCCAACCCUUGUUCCAACGGAGCCACCUGUGUGGAGAGUGCAGACUCUUUCAAAUGCUUAUGCCUGCCCAGCUACGGAGGGGAACGCUGUGAGAUCGAGGAGCAGCGAUGUGAGGACGGCUGGACGAAGUUUCAGGGAAACUGCUACCUGCACGUCUCUGACAGGGCGGAGUGGCUGGAGGCGGAGCAACGCUGCCGGCACCUGAACGCUCACCUGGUCAGCAUCAUCACGCCAGAGGAGCAGCAGUUUGUCAGCGCUAAUGCGCAGGACUACCAGUGGAUCGGCCUGAACGACAAAACGGUGCAGAACGAUUUCCAGUGGACGGACGGCUCUCCUCUGCAAUAUGAGAACUGGAAGCUGAACCAGCCAGAGAAUUACCUGAACUCAGCAGAGGACUGCGUGGUUUUGAUCUGGCAUGAGAACGGAAAGUGGAACGACGUUCCCUGCAACUACCACCUGCCGUUCAUCUGCAAGAAGGGACCAGUGUUUUGCGGAGCUCCGCCUGUGGUGAAAAACACGCGCAUGUUUGGAAACCGGAGGUCGGAGUAUCCCGUCAACUCCAUCAUCCGUUAUCAGUGCAACCCAGGAUUUAGACAGCGCCAUCUACCUGUGGUCCGGUGCCAAGCUGACGGGACCUGGGAGAAACCCAAAGUGGAGUGCACAGAUGUAAAAGCCAGGAACAGAAUAAAACGCAGGAGCAGCAGAAAUUCACCACUGAGCGGAAAAAACAAAUAAAAUUUAUUUAAGUUUUUAAAAGCGAGAAAAAUCUUUUCACAUAAUUUUUAUAAUAUAAAUUAAAAUGGUUGAAUUCUCAUUCUUUGGCUGCUACUUUAUGGUAGCACGUGUUUAAAACCCUCAUCCCUUCUCACUAAUAUAUUUAAUGUCUGUAAUUGUUUUUAUUUUACACAAAUGAAGUCAAAUUGUUGCUGUUAUUCUUUAUUUUCCUUCAAAACUUUCAUAGAGAUGAAGAAUAAGGAAACUUAAGAAAUGAAAGGUUUGGUUUGGAUUUUUAAGUGCUUCUGCGAUGUUUCUUCAUGGUGGAAAUUGGGGCCUGAGAUUUACACACCUAGCAUGCAAACGAUGGCGCUAAACACAAAUUUAAUAACCGAUUGAGAACAAA